AUGGAGAGAUCCACGAAUAGCCAGUGUCUCUGUAUUUAUUCUGGAAAAUUCGAAGUCGUCGUCUUCUCAAUCUUCUGGAGCAUCAUGUCGGGACAAUCGGGUGUUACUGCAUGGAUGCCCGCAAUAACCGCUGGAAUCAACAUGAUCGGCAACGUUGUGGGAAGUAUUUGGGGAGCUAAACCAGUCCCACCACCAGUCGCAGCACCACUACCACCACCUCCACCGCCUCAGAUCGAAUAUCGGCCAGUUCCAGGAGCACCACCAGAAACUAUAUACAUAACUCAAGCACCACUACCACCACCAACAGCUGCUCCAGAAACUCUAAGCUAUCUUGGAAUCAUCGCUUUGGUCAUUAUGGUCCUUUUCGUUCUGGCUUGUUGUGCUUCUGGAAUUGGAUUCUUCUUCUGGCAAAGUCAAAAAGCGGAGAAAGUGGGCGGAGACGUCGUGGAAGUCGUUCGGGUUACAGUACUAGUGGAACAAGUAGAACUGGAAGGACUGGAAGAAGCACUUAUGGUAGAAGUAGCUCGUAUGGUGGAAAGAGUUCGUAUGGAAGAUCCAGAGGACGAAAACUUUAAAUUUCAUGAAGCUCACCAUUUUCAACAACAAACUUCAUUUGUUUAUGAUAAGAAUUAUAAGGAAGAUAUACAGUUUAAAAUUAGGAAAUCAAUCAAUAAAGAUGUUACAAUAAAGAUGAUGAGCUACACUUUGAUUUGUAAGGCUUCCAUUCGAUCGGGAAAUUUAGCCGACCAACAGACCACUGACCGAGUUGACCGAUUGGUCGGCGUGCCGACCGUUUUAUGUGCAGUUGCGCGUCAAAGUGUUUGCGCACGCAGCAUUGUAUUUUACGACAAACUGUUCACUAAAUGCCUCCCAAUAAUCUCGGGGAUCUUCAAUGGAAUCGGAGGACUUCUAGGAUCAGGAGUCGGUCAACCCCCUCCACUACCACCACCACUCCCACCUCCACCUCCACCAGCACCUCCACAGAUUAUCCAUCCCCCAAAUAAACCUAAUGAAAUCAUCUACAUCACUCAAGCACCGUAUCCACCUGCAACUAGAGCACCGGAGACUCUUACCACUUAUGGAACGUUGGAAUCGUUUUUUACUCAGAAGUCGGAAGCGGAGAAAAGAGCAAAUGAAGCAGCGAGAGAUCGGGAUAUGGAGAUGGGUGGAGGCGGAAGAAGGGGAAGACGAGGUGGAGGAUAUACUUCUGAAACUACUGGAACUACUGGAAGGACCAAGACCAAGAGACACAAAAGAAGAUGA